AUGGCUUUGUCAAAGGACGACUUCAUGGCCCAUGCGUCCUCUGACGACUCCGACAACGAGAGCGGCUACGACUCGGAGGCGGCGGAGGUAUCAAAGUCGGCAGAGCGUGCAGGCGGCGGACGGGCGGCGAAGAGGAGGAAGCUCUCUCAUUCUUCGGACUCGGAGGAUGACGACGAUGACGACUCACAAGAAGAGAUUGCCUCAAAGCGCAAGUUGUCGCUGAAAUUCCAGCGGCAAGCCCACGACCUUGACCGCGGUGACAGGUCUGAUGUUGCGGACGAGGAGGAACAGCACGAUGUCGUUGCGACCGGGAAGAAGACAGUCCCAAGCCCCGCCAUUACAAAACCCUCUACCAAACAGACCUCCAACCUUCCCGCUAUCCACAACGGUCCCGACGAGCUCACAAUACCCAGCAGCGCCCUCCCCAAAACCAAGAAAGACAAGGACCCACCCCGCCCAGGCGUGAUCUACCUCUCCUCCCUCCCACCCUACCUCCGCCCCUCCGCGCUCCGCAAUCUCCUCUCCCAGCGUGGCUUCGCGCCCAUAACGCGCCUCUUCCUCGCCCCAGCCUCGAAAACCAAGGCGGGCAGUACCAAAACCUCCUCUACCACCUCCUCCUCAUCACGUCAACUCUACUCCGAAGGCUGGCUCGAAUUUGCCUCGCACAAAACGGCCAAGAAGUGCGCACAGACACUGAAUGCGACGCCCGUUGGCGGCAAGAAGGGCGGCUAUUACCGCGACGACCUGUGGAACAUGCGAUACCUGCGUGGAAUGCGGUGGGCGGAGCUGAUGGAGGGGGUGAGGGGCGAGAGGAGGGAGGAGGAGGCGCGCCGGGACGAGGAGAGGAGGAGCCUGGCGAAGGAGCAGAAGGCUUUUCUGGAGGGUGUCGAGAGGGGAAAGAAGUGGGAGGGGAUGGAGGCGAAGCGGAAGGGGAAGAAGAGGAGGGCAGGGGAUGAUGGUGAGAUCACGGCUGCGGCGGCUGCGAAGUUGGAGGGGAAUUCAGGUGAGGAGGAGGAGGCCCCAAGACGGACGUGGCGGCAGUUCGAGGUUCAGAAAGGCCAGAAGGCUAUGGGACAUGAUGUGAGUGAGGAGGCGAAGGAGGUGCUGGGGAAGAUUUUCUAG